CACUCCUACGUACAGGUGAUUUCAGACACUUAAGAGUUAUGACUUAUAAUUGCCAAACUAGAUAGAACAUAGAGAAGUUAUUGCAUUUAAAAAAUAAUUGCAAUCAAAUAUAGCUUAGGCUUCUACGUUAACGAAUGUCGUUAAGUUUAUUAUCUGUUAUUCACCUUCACCACCCUGAUCUUUAUAAAGGCAAAUAAAAUAUUAGUCGUUUCAUUAGUUUCAAUAAAUAGAUGCAAUGAAUGAAUACUAAUAGCCUAUCUGUCUGGUUGUCAAAUCCAUAGAUUUCGUAAUUUUCUCAGGUCUCAUGUCUGAAUGAAAGACUUUUUGCGUAGAUUGUCUCCAUACUGCAGCAAUGACCACUGGGUGUCUCCAAAAAUACCAUAACAGUUUAGUCUGUAAGACCCAUGUGUCAUAAUCAGUCAUGCACUAGUUUUGUGAGGCUGAAAUUCACUGAAUUAUUCACUGAAAACCUUCUCAAAUGACAUAUGGUGCAGGUCGGGCAUCGUGAAACUGAGUUAUGACUCUUGAGAACUGUUAGAUUUUUAUUGAUGUCCAACAACAUGCAUCAUAUUUGAUCUGAGAGGAUUCGCUUGAAAUAGACUACUUCUGUCACGAAAACAAAUUCCAUGUAUGUGUGAACAUACCUGGCAAUAAAGCUCAUUCUGAUUCUGAUUCUGAUUCUUAUGUAUUAGCCUGUUCCUCAUAUAGUGAGGCCAGCAGGGGGUGCUCACCUGUGGUCUGUGUGGGUCCUAGCGCCCCAGUGUAGUGAUGGGGACACUAUACUGUCAACAAGCACCGUCCUUCGGAUGAGACGUUAAACCGAGGUCCUGACUCUCUGUGGUCAUUAAAAAUCCCAGGAUGUCUUUCGAAAAGAGUAGAGGUGUGACCUCGGCAUCCUGGCUAAAUUCGCCCAUUGGCCUCUGACCAUCAUGGUAUCCUAAAAAAAUCCCCAUAUCCUGUUAUCAGCUUCAUCACUCUGUCUCCUCUCCAUCAGUAAGCUGGUGUGUGGUGGGCUUCUGGCGCACUAUGGCUACCGUCGCUUCAUCCAGGUGGAUGCUGCACACUGGUGGUGGACGAGGAGAUACCCCCUCACAAUGUAAAGCACUUUGAAAAGCACUAUAUAAAUGUUAAUUAUUAUUAUUAUUAUUAUUAUUAUUAUUAUUAUAUAUAGCUUACAAAAAUAUACUUACAAAAAUAGGCUGCCUGAGCUUUAUCAAAUAAACCAUUAUAUCUGUGAAAAGUAUCAUCAACAUGUAGGCAACUCAGGGAACUAACACACACACACACACACAAACACACACAACUCACUCAUUUGCUGUUGUCUGCACAGAAGCAUUAUAGCCUGCGCCUUCAGGAUGUUGACUACACCCUUUUUAUGUAUGCCUGCUUUCCUCACUAAGUGUUGUUUUACCAGCAAGCUGUUAACUCAGUAUUUGGUUUAUAUGAUUCAGUGCAUGAGAGAGUGGUCUAGAAAUUAAGCCAAAAGCGAUUUACAGUGUUUUGCCAGUAAUUAACUUUUUUCCCCAUAUAUUGACUGACAGCUCUCCUGUCCCCACGUUGAGAGAAAUCGGGAGUAUGUGCAGACGUGUUGCAUGUGUGUGUGUGAACAUGAUGCUUACUGUAGUUCUAGAUUAAACGUGAACAUGCACUUAUUUAUCUCACUUGCACAAGAACAGAUUUAGUAUUAUCUAAAAUGAAUAAAAACAGAAAUGCAAACCUGCUAUAAUUAUUUAAAUUAUUUUAAUUAUUUACAAACACACACACACACAUAUACUGUAUAUAUAGAUAUAGAUACAGAUAUAGAUAUAACAUAGAUAACCUAUAUCUCAGAGUGCUUUUAGUGUUUUAUUUAAAAAAGUGUUUAUUUAAAAAUUUAAAUCUUCUGUUAUUGAGUGCGAUCCUUUCUGACAUUAAAAUCAGUGAUAGCAUCCUAAAUGCAUUUUAGUUCUAGUGUAAAGAAGAAGAAAGUUUUUGUGUGUUUUUUUCUCUCUUUGGUGCACUUGAGCACCAAUCAAGUAGUUUGUCAUUCACUUAUUUUUGUUGCAUUUAAUGCUGCUCAUAGCUUUCAUGUGGUCUGUAGACUAGGUGUCUGAAUCAACAGAGACGGACUGUGAUCAUGUCUGGAUUGGACUGUGCUGUUGCUCAGUUACGAGAAGUGUUCAAGAGGGCAAUGAUAGCAUCAUAGUGUGGAAUCAAAGCUCUCUUUGCAGGAGUACCACUGAGGCCAGAUAUAAAGUGCAGUCAUAAAUUGAUUUGUUGUCCUAAGUGAAAUGCUUUUGAUGGUUUCCUGUGGUCUGAAAAUUUAGUCUCCGACAGCACACAAGCUGACGUCAGAUUUUUUGAUACAUAGGCUGAAUAUCAUGGCGCUGAUUACAGAAAAUGUGGUAUAUAAUCUAUUUGACAUAACACAUCCCUAAACUACCCAAUAAAACAACACAGACUAAGAUUACUCAUUAAAAAUGGUCUCUUUCUAUCUUAUUGGGUCACAAUAAACUGCAGUGUGUGUACUGUAGCAGAGCAGUUUCGUCAAAGGAUUGGCUAUGAGACUAGUCUGACAUUGCACAUCUGUAAUUGUUAUCACGAGGAACACAUGAUGUGUAUGUGCGAAUGAGGGAAGGAAGCUCUAUCAAGGAUGGUUAUACAGAGGAAACGUGGCUUUGAUAUAUUAAAAACAUUGGCUGAUUUGCAGCAUGUUCAUCCGUUACUGUUCAGGUACAGUUACAGGAGGAGAAACCCUGGACGCUUCACAUCGGAUUCACUCAUGGAUCUCACCCUAGACUUACCCUGCAGAUGUCCUCGCUGUGGUGAGGGCAUCUUCAAGAUGAAAAGUAACUGGAAGACCACCAAGAUGCUGGGAUUGAUGAUGUUAGCAAACUUCCUCAUCUACAUUGCGGUGGAAGUGUCCAGAAGCUAUGGGCAGGGGCAAGACAUCCACAAACGACGGAGACUGACGACCAAAAAGUUCUGGAAGAAGCCGGAGUCCAGUCCGGCGUUCUGGAAUCGCGAGCAGGAGCGUCUCGAUGAUAUCUACUUCCUGCCGCUUGCUAAUGGCAGUGAGGCCCCGCGUGACUUCAGAGGAAUCCCACGCUGGCUGAAUCACAUGAGUUCUUGCAAGCCGGACAGCAGGGUGACAACAGAGAUUGAAGACUUUAAGUCCCUACCACAGCGAUUCCAGGACUUCUUGUUGUACAUGGGAUGUAGGUCAUACCCCUUGAUAAUGGAUGCUCCCAAAGUCUGUUCUGAACCACCAUACCUCUUGCUAGCAGUGAAAUCCAUUGCGCCACAUUUCGACCGACGGCAGGCCAUCCGGGAAUCAUGGGGCCGUGCUGGGAUCUUCGACGGCGAGCGAAUUGCGACAGUAUUCCUACUUGGCACCACGGCAGCGACGGACCACUUCCCUGACUUUUCAGACAUGGUCAAGCACGAAGCGGCGUUGUACGGCGAUGUCCUGCAGUGGGAUUAUCGAGACACGUUCUUCAAUCUCACCUUAAAGGAAGUCCUCUUUCUGGAGUGGUUUGGGAGCCAUUGCGCUUCUGCCAAGUAUGUGUUUAAAUGCGACGACGAUGUUUUCGUCAACACGCAGCAUAUGCUGGCUUACUUAGGCAACUUUUCAGUGUCCAAGACAAAGGAGAUUUUCAUUGGCGAUGUGAUCACUAAUGCUGGACCACACCGGACCAGACACCUCAAGUAUUACAUCCCUGAGAGCCUGUUUCGUGGGAUUUACCCUCCAUACGCAGGUGGCGGAGGAUACCUGUAUUCAGGUAGUCUGGGGCUGCGGUUAAGAAUGAUCUCUCGUCUGGUCACGUUGUACCCGAUUGACGAUGUGUUUACAGGGAUGUGUCUGAAGAGACUGGGACUAGUACCGGAGAAACACAUGGGCUUUAAGACUUUUGAUAUUGAGGAGAAGCACAGAGAGAAUCCUUGUGCUUACAAAAGUCUGAUUCUGGUCCAUCCCAGGAGCCCACAGGACAUGAUAAAGAUCUGGUCUUGGAUUAAUGACCCUAAAGCGAAAUGUUGCAUCAAAACUACACUGGACACAAAGGGCGCGAUGCCAAGCAGCAAAUGCAAAUAAAACAUAAUGACUGUAAACUGAUGCCGUCUUAACAAAAAUAGUGCUAACAAAAAAGUGUUCCAAGUUAUAUUUUAAUGUUCUCUGAAUAUCCAGGUUUUUUAUUUUAUUUUUUUUAUAAAUGCUUUUUUCUUGGUUAUGUGAACACUUAGGAACAUCCAAUUAUAUCAUUUUGCAAACAUCAUGGUAAUGUUACAUUUGAAUGUUCUCUGAACAUUCUAAAACAAUUUUUUUUAAAAACCGGAUAGUUCCGGUGCUUGAUUCUGAUUGGUUGAGUCGCGUUCAGAGCUGUUACACCUUUGUUUACUUCUGUGUGUUGCUUGGCAACCACUUUGUUGGAACCACAACUGUUUCUGAGGAACUACAUUGUUUGGUGGAACAAUACUGUUUUUAUUAAUAUCAUUACAGUUUAUUUGUUGUGUUUUAUUCUGUGAAACCUUGCUGUUUAUAUGGAAUAAUUUAUAAAAAUCAAUAAGCUCUGUGAAGCCGUGGUCACUUAGCUGUUAUAAAUUCACUGUAAACCACGGCUUCUUGGGAGUUACUGAUUUAGUAAAAAAAAGUUAGAUGAAUGUCCAACUAAAACAAUUCAGUAAAAAGUAAAAAUGUUCUAUUAAUGUUACUAGAAGAACAUUUGAAAGAACUGUGCUAGAACAUUCUGAGAAUGCUCUCUGUUAGCUCUCUGUUGAAUUACAAUUUGCAAUGAGACCAGAAACGUGCAUUUAGAAAGUUUUCAUUUCAUGCUCUUCACUUUUUAAGAACUUGAAUUAGACCUGCAUUAAACCUCUCAGAGGGAUUGUGCUGCAUUUUACACCGUUUUUGCCUUUGUUUAAUCAAAAUGAGUUAAAUAUGAUGCAGUAUGAUGUAUGUUGACAUAAAGAAAUCUGGGUGUAUUUUUUAUAACAAGAAAGAGCAAAAUUGAUGUUUAUUUUGUGUAUUUGUAUGUUGUUGUUUUAAUUUAUGCCUGCAUUUGUGUGUGGAAAAGUAUAGUUGAGCUGUUUGACCACUUGUAUUAAACCUCUGUGUUCUCAGGAAGCUUCUGUUUGAUUGUUCUC